AUGGUGGUGACAACCAUUGGAGUGGAGAAAGAUGAUCUGGUCAUUCCUAUUGUUGACUUUUCCAACUUCGUCCAUGGUUCGGCCGCUGCCAAAUUAGCAGCCGGGGAAUCAAUAUAUCACGCUUUCAAGACCUCUGGAUUCGUUUACCUACGUAACCAUGGCAUUCCAUCAGGAACCGUGUCAGACGUCUUUGCCAGAUCAGCAGAGUUCUUCAAACGGCCUCAAGAGCAAAAAGACAGUUUGGCAUGGACCACUCCAGAAAGUAACAGGGGAUAUGUGACUUUUGGGAGGGAAAAGGUCACGCAGUCGUCUGAUAUCAGAGAAGUAUCCAAGCUUCGUGCGAGCAAUCCUGAUUUGAAAGAGUCCAUGGAGAUUGGAAAGGAAGGCGUCCCAGAUCAACCUAAUCUAUGGCCAGAAGAGAUGGAUGUCGAAGGUAAAGUGUUCACAACUACCAUGAAGUCGUUUUUCUUGACAUGCAACGAGCUCCAUGUCAAUCUGAUGAGGGCGAUUGCGUUGGGAAUGGGGUUGGACGAAAACUUCUUCGAUUCAUUCACUAGUGGUGCUGAUAAUACUCUGAGAUUACUGCAUUACCCACAAGUGCUCAAGAGCGUUUUCAAAGACAAUCCAGACCAAGUUCGGGCCGGUGAACACAGUGAUUACGGUUCUAUUACGCUUCUUUUUCAAGACGAUGUCGGGGGCUUAGAGGUCAAGACCCCCCAGAAUACGUUCGUGCGAGCCAAGCCGAUUGAUGGUACCGUGGUGAUCAACGCCGGAGAUCUCCUCAGCAGAUGGAGCAAUGAUGAGAUUAAGUCGACAAACCAUAGGGUAGUGCAACCUCCUGCACAAGAAAAGGAUGAAUUGGAAAUGUACCCUGCGAGGUACUCCAUCGCCUACUUUUGUAAUCCAAAUUUCGAAAGCACUAUCGAGGCAUUGCCUGGAACAUGGGAGGAAUUGCCCGAGGGAAAGAAGUAUCCUGCGGUGAACAGUGGUGACUAUCUUGUACAAAGGUUGACAGCUACAUAUUGA